GAAAUAAUGUUGCGAUAUCUUAUCGAUCAUCAUACGAGUGGAGAACCUUGUAAGAUACAUCAGAAGUUUGCUUAUUAGCCAACCAUUGAAGUAGACCGUGUAUUUCGUCAUAUACACUCUGUAGCUAAACAGUAUACAUAUAACACCUGUACCAGUUUUUAAUCAUAUCGCUUAUCCCGGUACACUGUAAUCAGUAUCAAUUAUAAUCAAGCGGUGAAUAUCGGUAUGAACAGCUCUACAAUUACUCUCGGAUUGUCAAAACUAUCAGUUGUGAGCAUGCGCGGCGAUAAGUUUCAGGCUUAAGCCGCUCUCACGAAUAUCGAGCUGUGACUGUUAUGGUUAUUGUGUAUCUUGGCAGGUCUAUGAGUAUUUGUUAUUUAGUUUCACCUCGGCAUAAAGGUUUGACACACAGAUUUUACACAUAUUAUGACGUGAUACUGAGGCGGUGUCCGUACAGAUACGUGUUGCGUCGUAGUAGAGGACGCUAGCUCAACCAGUCUGUUCAAAAGCAUUGGCGAGGUACAGAGUGCAUGUGUAGAGUAUUAUAACAAAACUUAUGUCUUAAUGCUUCCCGAAAACUUUUGUCCUCUCCCAGAGCUCAAGGCUUUGAGGUGUACAUAGUUGUUUUUGUGUUUUGCCAUCUUAUUCCUCGUUUUUCCCAUUUUGAAGUUGUCCAACUGCAGGAAAUAUGGCUUUUCACAUUCAUCUGAGAACCAGCAUUAUUAUUGUUUUCAUCGCCGUGUUUUUUCCUGUAGAGGCCCAGCUCCGGAAUACGACUACCAAUGAAAUAGAGGCCCAGCUCCGGAAUCCGGCUACCAAUGAAAUAGUUAAGCCGGGAGAGUAUGAACGGCAGCUGAUGGACGAUCUACUUAGUAAGUUCCCUUUUCGGGAAUUCGCUAGACCCGCUGUCAACGAAAGUGAAUCCUUGGUGGUUGCAAUGGGAAUGGCGCUACAACAGAUCAUGGACGUAGACGAAGUGAAUCAGAUUAUUACAACAAAUAUUUGGCUGACUUUGACCUGGACGGACGAAACAUUGUCGUGGAAUGAGUCGGAAUAUGGUGGCAUCAGCUCAAUCAGACUACCACCCUCUAAGAUUUGGACUCCUGAUAUUCUACUGUAUAAUUGUGCCAAUGAAAACUUUGACUCCACAUAUCAUUCAAAUGUUGUCGUUUCUUCCACGGGGUGUUGUGAGUGGAUUCCCCCUGGAAUCUUCAAGAGUGCAUGUUCGAUCGAUGUCACCAACUUUCCAUGGGACAACCAGACCUGUAAAUUGAAAUUCGGGUCCUGGACCUAUGAUGGAGGGCGCAUCAACCUUACAAAACUGGAUGAAGAGGGCGAUAUAAGUGCUUUCAAAACCAAUGGAGAAUGGGAACUCAAUGGUGUUGAUGUGCUUAGGAAUGUGGUCUACUACCCAUGUUGUAAAGACCCUUUCAUCGACAUCACCUUCCAGAUCAGGUUAACGCGCAAGACUCUGUAUUAUGCUAUGAAUCUUGUGAUGCCUUGCAUACUCAUAUCAGUUUUGAUGUUACUUGUAUUCACCCUCCCGCCAGACACUGGAGAGAAACUUUCAUUUGCUGUUACGAUUCUGUUGUCGUUAACAGUUUUCAUGAUGAUAUUUACCGAAAGUCUACCGCCUACGUCGGACUCAACGCCCAUGUUGUCAAAUUACUUCAGUGCUAUGCUGAUAAUGGUUGCCAUGGCAGUGGUGCUGACGAUGACCAUACUAAACUUCCAUCAUCGCAACCCGGACACUCAUACAAUGUCGUAUUUAGUAAAGUUAGUAUGUCUAGACUGGCUUCCAUGGUUUCUGCACAUGAGUAGGCCUGGACACACCUUUAAAGGACCAUUCAAGAAUUCCGGCAAUCUUAGUAAUCAGGAGAUGGAGAUCGAGAUGCUUGACCAAUCACCCGGCUACAGAAGAAAGAUGGCGGCCACCUCGGGCUACCAGAAUAAUGGACGCACCCCGUUGGCACUGCAUCAACAAGGUCCAACUGGCGUGAUUGGAGUCAGGUACGCGAGCUACCAUGAACAACAAGAGGGGCUGAUGGAUAAAACGAUUAUUGGUCGCGACAAUCAGGGAAUACAGGCCCGUGACAAAAUGGAUAACGUCCUAGACGAACUCCACUUCAUGACAGAGCGUUUCAAGAAAAAUGACGAUGAUGAAGAGGUUGUAGGAGACUGGAAGUUUGCCGCCAUGGUUUUAGAUCGCUUCGGACUGAUAUUCUUCAGUAUUUAUUUGGUUAUUGCGACCAUAGUCAUUCUUAACACUGCUCCUAACUUCCGCAAAGAGGUGCUUGGGAUAAACGUGUAACCAGUCGGUGUAUACGUCAUCGAAACCGAGAGACGGAACCACGACUUUAGGAACUUUCAUUAGUUGUUUGCGAAUUUUAUUCCGAACAACCCUCAAGACAAACCAUGCUAAACCAACGAGAAACGUUGUUGCAACCUUUAGAAUCGAUACAUGACGUCUGUAGAAAACUUAUUCAUGUGCCACUGACUGAAUAAUCUAUAGUAAAUUUUACGGAAGAAUACCUUGGAUCGUCAAAAAGAACUAUAAACCAAAAUACUAUAGCAUGUGGAUGCAGUGACUUUCUUCAAAAGGCGCGCCUAUCGGAUCCUUGGAUAUAGAUUCUCUCCCGUCAUUUUUGGUUAUAUCAUAGUUAUAUAAUUUAUUUCGUCGUUUAAAACAUUUAAAUACUUGCAUAAUAAUCGUACAUAGAGUAAGCUGAAAUUCAAAUAGAUGACACAGAGACAGAUCCCCAAUAGGGUAUAUGUUCGCUAAAGAGUGUAAAGUAAGCACUAACAAAAAAUAUAUAGGGGCCUACUAUUGUUUAAAAAUAUAUAAAAGUAAAAGCGUCAACAUUAAAACAAGGUUGUUAUAAAACAGUAUUUUGUGUAAUCACACAAGUAUUAAAAUCUGCUGCCUGCGCUGCAAAUGUAUCUGUGUCUAGCUUUCCUUUUUUAGUGCUUAUUGUAAGGCUAUGUGACAAAAUUAUACAAUCGUCUAUUUUAAAAGAUGAAUUGAAAAUACAGUGGGCCUAAGCCUACAUUAAAUGAAAAGGCGUGUGGUGACAUUACUACUGUGUAUAUUAAUAACGAAUAAUCAAGAAUAAGCUGAGACUACAUUUGAAACACGCAUCAUACUGAACUUACACGCAUAAAACGUGUUAAUUAGCUUUAGAUGAAAAAUGUGUAAUAAUUGCGUAGUACAGGUUUUAAAUGCAAAGUAUGCGCACAAGAGAAAAGGAACGAGUGUUUGGUGAAUGUGCUAUAUCGAUUAUCCAAGUUUCAUAUCAGAAUUUUUACUUAAUAGAAUGAAAAUAAACUUUGUAGAUAUAUUAGAUAAGCAGCUACCUUUGUUUUCAAAUAAAGAAAUUUAUAACGCAUUGUAUUGCUAACGCUAAAUGUUAAAAAACAAAACAGCAUUUGCGCAGGUGAUGUAUAUGUAUGUGUUGAAGAUUGGUGAUUGGUUAAUCGGAUAAACAUACGCGCGUGUUUUCAGGGUGUAUAGUCAUUUUGAAACCGAAAAUUUAUAAUUACAAAAAUGGCUUACAGUAAUUAGAUAACUCCAAAUCCUUCCUUUGCAAUAAUAAACAAUAUUCUUACUAUACUAUAACCAACUAAAUAAAUAAAAAAUAAUCCACUAUAUCUAUUUAGGCUAGAUUAAAAAAACAAAAAACAAAAAAACUAAACAUUAGCAGAUUCCUUAAGUUUGUGUAAUUUAAGAUUUGAUGUUAUAAUACUUUUGAGAAAAUGAGAAAUUACAUUAUGAAUAGUAUAAAACACCUAGGCCUAAUACAAAGUUUGGAUAAUUUUGGAAAAUGAACUAUUGCAUCAAAAGUGUUAAUUUUAGAAAGUUGUUCCUCAAUAGUCAUCGCCAGUUCUAUUAUCCAAUUAAAAAUAUUCAGUAUUACCCUAACAUUUAUUAUGAAUAAGAUCAUUAUAUUCAUUAUAAUUAAGUACUUGGUACAACGAAUAAUUAUUGAUACAAAAGGCUAAUUAUAUUUUGAGCAAUCUCAAAACAUGUUCCGACUUUUUUACACUUAAUCGUAAUCGUCUCUUCUUUCUCUCUAUUAACUAUUUGAACUAAUUAGCAAUUUGACAUUAUUAGUACUGAUGUUUAGGUCAUCAGAACCAGCAAACAACUUGCCAAUUAUAAUAAUUUAUAAGAUUAUUUAAUAAGAAAAACUAUCAAUAUGAUAUAGUAGUUAGAUGUGUUUUUUUUAAAUAUCACCAUUAUUUUUACUACAGUAGUUAAGAUAUUCUAUGGUAUAUAUUUAGCUUACAUAUAACAACUACAAUUUAAAUGAAUUUUAGAUAUUAUUUGGUUGUGAAGAUUUAACUUUUAUUUAUUAAAGCAAAAAAAUAAUAGAAUAAAAAUUAUGAACUUCUGGAAAUGCUCAAAAUCUACCUUUUCACGCAAUGUAAAAUAAAUGUUACGCUUUAAUUUCAUUGAAUCAAAGGGUAUAGAAUGAUUGUAUGCAGGCGAUGAAACGUUAAAAAAUACUACCCCGAGAUAGGGGGCGCCCUAUUUACGUCCGAAGUUUUUUUGAAGGAUGCCCUCUAGUUCGUAAUAAUACUUUUUGAGAUAGAAUUGUGUUCCUGCGAAUCCCGCGAGUCGGACCUCCUGCAGUUAUAUUACUCUCUGAUCGAAUGUACUCUACCAUAACUCUUGGUUGCAGCAUAUUUCUCAAACACUCUUUAUCUGGUUUUGAUUUUCCCUUUUAAUUUUAAUUGGAAUCAUUUUAAAAGAAAUACAUAUUAUUGGUUGAAAAUAAAAUAGUUAUAAUAGAAAUUUUUGGGGAUAAAAAAAUCAUUUUGUCACCCUUUUGGUAAGUAGGAAAGUAGAUCUAAUAAUAAACUAUGUAUUUAAACGUUGUUAGUGUAGCGAAUUCUGUGCAGUGAUUCAACAACUUUCUUUACAAAACAGUAAAGAAAUGUUGAGAAUAUUAAGGUGCAUGUGAUUCUGUUGUUGUAAGCAUUAAAUUCAAGUCAAAAAAUAAAUGCUGGCGUUGGAUGGUUACUUGAAAAA